AUGUUUUUCUUUGUGUUGCAGAUUGUGCAUCAACGUUAUGCAUCAGGAAGAUCUAUUUUUGAUUCGGAAAACGGUCUAUACUCAGUACCAGUUCGCUUCAAGAAUAGUCGAGGUGAUGUCGUCGAGCUGGAUGCAGUGUAUCAGGACACGAUGCCAGAAGGCGGAGAGAAAGCGAUUCUUUUCGCUAUACAUGGCUCGCCUGGGUCUCAUGCUGACUUCAAAUAUCUCGCACCAGAACUUAGGAAAAAAAACGGUGUUCGCAUGGUGAUGCCCAACUUUCCAGGUCAAGGGUAUACGUCUGGUGAUCGACGACUCACUUUUGAGAACGAGGAACGGAACGAAUUUGCUCAAGCAGUCUUGGAUAGCCUGGAUAAUUUGGAAACACCUCAUCUUUACUUCAUAGGCCAUUCUCGAGGUGGAGAGAACGCUUUGCAAAUGGCUACGUCACCAAUGAAUAUUAAGAACGUCCGUGGAGUGGUGAUGCUCAACUCGGCCGGUCUCCGAAUACAUCGUGGUAUUGAGCCGUUAUAUAAGAUUGACAUCACUCUUCGACUGCUGGAUUUGCGAGUGUUGAAUUUCCUUCUUCAUCCGUUCCUGUACUUUGUCUACAACUAUUUCCUUGGUCUUCGCGUACCGUCUGGUUCGGCUGCCGAGACCGCGCUUCGCUCAAUGCGCACCUUCGCUUUCGAGCGUAUGAUGCCUUGUCUUGACGCUAUCAAUCGAAAUAAUCAGGUUAGAUUUCUGCAUGCGUACUCUGGAAGCGAUUUUCUGAUACAGCCUGAUGUCAGCAAGGAAUUCGCAUCCAAGUUGGAGAGACGAAUCGAAUUGGAGUGUUGCGUUCCGGAUAGCGACGAGAUCACUCGGGCUACAAUCAAAGCGUUUUCGAGCGGCUAUCAGACAGUGUCCGUGAAUUUCGUGAAAGAAGGCCACUUCCUGCAGAAAUUUCGUGCCACGUAUCUCAUCGAUGUGAUACUCACAUUAAUUCAAUUGUGA